AUGCCCCCCAAGAAGAAGGACGGAAAAAAGAAGAAGAAGUCUUCUUUAGAAGAAGAAGCCCGUGCCAAGGCCGAGGCAGUAGAUGACAUUGAUGAUGAGGACUACAAGAAGUCACUGCGUAAGGAAUGCAGACUCCUUGAAGAGCAGAUUAGAAAGGAAGAAGAUCUGGCUGGUCUCUAUUAGGAUGAGAGAUAGAGAGUUAACUACUUCUGGAUUGUGGCUAAGAAAGAACUUGAAGAUAAAGAGGCUGAGCAGCGUAAUAAGGAGAGAGAGCUCCAGGACUUAAGUGAGAAGCAUCAGAUAGAAAUCAAAAUCUACAAAUAGAGAGUUAAGCACUUGCUGUUUCAAAACCUUGACUAAUUAACUGAAUUGAAAAAGGAGGCUUAAAUAACAUUGAAGAAUGUAGAGGACGAGCAUAGAAUAGAUGAGAGAGAGCUCAAACAAGAUUUAAGAGCUCUUAAAGUGCAAAAGAAGGAGCAAGAGGUUAGACACUCUGAGUAUUUGAAUGCCCUCACCAAGGAUAAGAACAAGCAAGCUACAAAGAUCAGAGCUGAGUAUGAGAGAAUAGCAAAUGAAAUUCAAUUGAAAUACAAACAUAAGAUGCUUCUACUCAGAGAGGAGAUGGAGCGCAAAAGGAAAGCUAUGAUUCAACAAAUCGAGAAUAAAAAGAAUUAGGCCAUCAAGGAUCUAACUCAGAAGCAUGCUAAGAAGUAUAAUGACAUUAAGAAUUAUUAUCAGGAAAUUACAAAUACAAACCUAGAUAUCAUCAAACAGCUCAAGGACGAGCUAACAGAUGCUAAGAAGGAAGAUACUAGCAAGCAGAAAUAAAAAAUGGACCAAGAGGAAGCUAAUAAACAAGUUGUAGAGCCCUUGCAAAAGGCUAGUGAAGAAGUGAAGAAAUUAUCUGAAAAGAAGAAGAAGCAUGAUACUAUCAUGGAUAAGUUAAAGGAAUGCCAAGCAUUUAUCAUGGAACACGACUCAGUGUUAAAAGAUAUUGAAUGGCAGUAUGAAGUUCGUCUUCAACAGUUCCAGUAUCUACAGCGAGAGAAGAAGGAGCUAUUCGAUGAGUUUCAUCAAACUGUGUAUGAGAUUCACCAAAAGACUGGGCUUAGAAACUUAGUGCUUGAGAAGAAACUUGAGACCAUUUAGGAGAGUCUAGAGACGAAGGACGCCCAGAUUAACUAACUACUGGCAGCUGCAAAGAUUGACCCCAAAACUCUAGGUAUUAUCAAAAGCACUCUAGAGGAGGUUGAGAACCUUAAAAACGAAGCGAUCAAGGAAAUUCAGGCUGAGCUUAAAAAGAUCAGAGAGGCACAUUCAAAUAUGGUUAAAACCUACGAAGGUAAGCUCAGCGAGUUCGGUAUUCCAGUCGAAGAACUCGGUUUCGAUCCUUUGGUUCCAGCAAAUAUAUGA